CCCGGGCGCCUUGGGCUCCGCUCUUGCGCGCUCCUGCCGUUCGGAGUUCUCCCUCCUUCCCCUGCCGCUAACACACCCCACUCCUCCUCUUCCUCCUCCUGUGAAACUCCUCCGAGCCACUGUUCAGUUACCUACCGCCGCCCCACGCGCGCGCGCGCGCACACAUACACACACACAGAGGCACACACCACACAUACACACACACACAGAUCAUGGCCUUUGGAGAGCAAGGAAUGAAUUAAGACCCCUGGUAGAAGAGAACUUUAUGAGUGAGUGGAUACCAAAAAGAAUGCUGUGAAGUUGGAAAAAGGCACAACAGACGUCAGAGGACAAGAGCUGCUGCUGUCUUUCAAAGGAGAUGGGAUGGUGAUCUCUUACCACCACCCUGUCCUCCAGGGACUCUUCUCACACCAGGAUCCAGAUUGCUGAAGCUGGCCAUGGUGAGGCCGGAUUUGACAUAUAGACAAACCUCCACCAUGACCUCCAGUUGUCAGGGCAACUGCAGCAUUAUCUGUAUGAAAAAGCAUACCCUGCAGAAGGAGUUAUGAGCAGUGCCCUUAUGAGAAGAUUAGAUAUUUAUUCAGAUGUCUCAGAAAGACCACCUAUACAGAGAAAAAACACAUCGGCUUCUGUGAUUUGACUUUGAAAUACGUAAGCUCUUUCUUGUACAGACUGCUCAACAAUAUCAGCUACUCUUCGAAUGGCUACUCAAAGGAAGCACUUGGUGAAAGAUUUCAAUCCUCAUAUUACCUGUUACAUCUGUAAAGGUUAUCUCAUCAAGCCAACUACAGUGACAGAGUGUCUACACACCUUUUGUAAGACUUGCAUAGUCCAACACUUUGAAGAUAGUAAUGAUUGUCCAAGGUGUGGCAAUCAGGUUCAUGAGACCAAUCCAUUAGAAAUGUUACGAUUGGACAAUACAUUAGAGGAAAUUAUAUUUAAGCUGGUUCCUGGACUACGAGAACAGGAACUUGAGCGUGAGACAGAAUUUUGGAAGAAAAACAAGCCUCAAGAAAAUGGACAAGAUGAAACUUCAAAAGCUGACAAACCCAAAGUAGAAGAAGGUGAUGAAAACCAAGAUGAUAAAGACUAUCAUAGAAGUGACCCACAAAUUGCCAUCUGUCUAGAUUGCUUACGUAAUAAUGGGCAGUCAGGGGACAAUGUGGUAAAGGGUUUAAUGAAGAAAUUUAUCCGAUGUUCUACACGUGUGACUGUGGGAACUAUUAAAAAAUUUCUAAGUUUAAAGCUAAAGCUUCCAAGUUCUUAUGAGCUGGAUGUUCUAUGCAAUGGUGAAAUUAUGGGGAAGGACCACACUAUGGAAUUCAUCUAUAUGACAAGAUGGCGACUAAGAGGCGAAAAUUUUCGGUGUCUGAACUGCUCAGCUUCGCAAGUCUGCUCACAGGAUGGCCCUUUUUAUCAGUCUUACCCCAUGGUAUUGCAGUAUCGACCAAGAAUUGAUUUUGGUUAAACCAAAGGGCAUAGAUCCCACCAAGAGGAAUCCUGCACUAUUUGUUUACCCAUCGACAGAUUGCACAAUGAAUGGAUGUGCUGGACUAGGGAGUCACAACUAGAAUUUCAGCAUGCAAAUAAGAACAUUGUCUUUCUUUAAAUUGUCAACUGCAUCUUUGUCAUUUCUAUUGAGAACAAACCAAGUGCCAUUCUGCUACUGAAAUCUCUGCAUAAGAUACCUGUACUGUCCAACCAUUGCAUUUGCAAGUCAUAGCUGAAACCAGUCCAGUGUAUCAUCAAGAUUCAAUCUGCUGACUUUUUUGCUUGCCUAUUCCAAGACUAUACUAAUACCAAUGUUGAUUACACUAGGAAAUGGCAGUGCUCAGUCUUUGUGGUGUUACAGUUUUCACAUAUUUACUAUUUUAUUGAUUAUUGUUUAAAAUAAUAGUACUGUAUGAGAACUUAAUGAUUAUAUCUUGGAAUUAUUUUGUAUUAAAAAUAUACUUAGAAAAGUGGUUACCAUGCCACUGUCUUGUUCUUGUUCAAAAUUCCCAUGUGUACAAGUAGAGUUUCCUCAUGAUAUUGUGUAAGAGUCCUUUUUUUCAGUGAAUGUUAAUUAUUCUUCAGAUAACAUUAAAAUACAAUAUAAUUAUAGUCA